AUGGUCUAUUCGGCUCUCCGCUACAAACUCCUGGAUACAUACCGACGACUAUUCACCCUUGUGUUCCUUGGGAAUAUCAUUGCCCUCAUCGUGAUUGCGAGGCGUGGUCUCCACGUGAUCGACUUGCUCACAGCAUGUGCGGCCAACGUUACUGUCUGUGGGCUUGCGCGGCAGCCCCUGGUCGUCAACUCGCUCUUCUACGUCUUCUGCCUCAUUCCGAACUCGACCCCAAUACGCCUUCGUCAUCUCGCCUGCAAGAUCUUCCACCUAGGAGGCGUCCACAGCGGUUGUGGUGUUGCUUCACUUGUCUGGUACAUUGCGUUCUUUGUCGUGUACUGCUUCCAGUUCGCCUCGACGACGACCCCGAGUGCUGCAGAUAUCGCCAUCCUUGUCCUUUCCUGCCUCAUCCUGUGCACCCUGUUGGCUGUCAUCAUGGUCACCCACCCACGGUUCCGAGAGAAGUAUCACGAUAUGUUUGAGUUCACGCAUCGUUUCGGUGCAUGGACAAUUCUCGCCUUGUUCUGGGCUCUUCUCCUCGUAUUUGCCUCGCAGGAAAAGCCGUCUAUGGGACUAUUUUUGGUCUCACACCCAGCGUUCUGGUUCCAGACUAUUACCACGCUAGCAAUUAUCCACCCGUGGACAAUGCUACGAAAAGUCAAUGUCAUCCCGGAGGCCCUCUCGACCCACGUGGUGCGCCUUCAUCUGAACUACUCCUCGAUAGUGUACGGCCAGGCCAUCUCCAUGUCCAGGCACCCGCUGCGCGACUGGCACAGCUUUGCGGUCAUCCCAGAUCGGUUCGACUCGCCAAACACGAAGUUCUCCUGUCUCGUUUCCAAGGCAGGUGAUUGGACGUCGUCCGUCAUCGCAGACCAGCCGACCAAGAUCUGGGUGCGCGGCAUUCCCACCUCUGGCUUUGCCUAUGUCAUGCGUCUGUUCAGCCGGAUCAUCGUCGUGGCUACGGGAUCAGGGAUCGGGCCAUGUGUUGCGCUGAUCGACGACGAUAACAGGCCCUCGAUGAGAGUGAUCUGGCAGACCAGGUCUCCUCUGAAGACCUAUGGGCAGCGAACCAUGGACCUCGUUCAUCGGUUGGACUCGGACCCACUGGUGAUUGAUACAAACGUUUCCGGGCGGGUAGACAUGGUGCCAUCCAUCAUGCGGCUUUACGAAGAAACGAAUGCCGAGGCUGUCUGUAUCAUCAGCAACGGCGUCAUGACAAAAAAGCUGGUGUUCGAUCUGGAGAGGAGAGGCGUCAGGGCUUAUGGGCCUAUUUUUGACAGCUAG